AUGCCUCCUAGCUCACUCCUGUCCAUAUCUGGACCACUAUUUACCAGUGCAGAGCUGGAUACAGCUGCUGUGCCGGAAAAAUGCUUCAUUCGCUCACUCUUAUCACAAGUUAAGACUCCACGUUUCAAAUUCAUUGCACCUGGGCUCGAGGUGCCGCAUGACAAGGAGGCUUUUGCUGGACGACAGCAGUUUACCAGCAUAUAUCAUGAAGAGGAUAGUAUUCCCGGAGUCUUACUAUUUGCAGCUUCAAACCAGCUAGUGGAUCUCAACUCCGAGAUCUCUAGCAUAUUCUCCAUCGCGCAUAGGGGUACGAGCAUAGACAAUAGUGAUCCUAUUCCCACCGGGCUCUAUAGUGAGCCUGUGCGCCGGGCAGCUUAUGAUACGGAGGAGGCGGGUUUUCGACUCGUGCUCCCAUUUGCACUUCGUCCUGGCAUUUGGAGAGACGAGGAGGGGGCUAGGAUGAGUGAUGGGAGACCAGUUCCUCAGGAUUCAUUCACGGAACUCUUCCAGCAUGGUCGGUUUCAUCCGUUCGGCGGCGAGUGGCGACCGCAGAGAAUGGAGAGACUGUUUGAACGGUGGACAGAGCUGGUUGAAAGUGGUGUAUGGACAGUGGGUGAAUAUGGCGUGGAGGGAGGCGUUGAGAAAUUCGGGGAUGCGGAUAAGGGUGCCUGGAGAGACUAUUUUAUUGCACCAAGCUGGUGA